CUCACAACUCUGUGGCACCAUUCAAAUUCGAAAUGACAUUUCCACAAAUAAAAAAAUUUCCAUAUUUAUUACAAUUUCUUACAUCAAAUAAAAAUUGUUUAUCCACAAUUAUUAGAAAUUCCAACAGAAAUUACAAACGCACAACUAUCUCGAGUCUACCCCGUGUAAACUUCGUUUCCGAAUUCAAACAAAAAGCUCAUGAAAAUAGCACACAUCUCUGCCCAACUGAGUGGAAGAAACUCAGAGAACAACUUCUUGCCAACAGUAGAAAUAUUCAUCUACAGAAUGUCGAUGCUAUUAUCCUUGGCCAAUGUAACAGCACCGAAGAUUUACCAAUUGCCAAAAGUUACAUUGAAUUUCUUGAAUCACAAUCAAUUCAACCAAACAAUGCCACCUUAGGUAAGCUUCUAAAAAUCUACUAUUUAUCUGGGAAAACUAGUAAAUUGACUGAAAAAGAUGAAAUGGAAAUUUUAAAAAUUUAUAACAAAAUCCGAGCCGAACGAGAUGCUCUGGAUGCAGUCACAUGUGAAAAUCUUAUUCAUGGUUUAUUAGCGACUUCGUAUUGGAAGGAUUCUUUAGAUAUCCUUAAAAUGAUCAAGUUAUCAUCAUCUCCUUCGAUACAUGUCUACAGUUUAAUUAUAAGUAAAGCUUUUUUGUCCAAUGAAAUAGAUCUAGGGUGGAAAUUUCUUGAGGAGAUGAUAGAAGCUGAUAAACAGCCUACUUGUGAGGUUUAUAUAUCUUAUAUCCAAUAUUCUUCUUUGGAUUCUGUUAAGUUUGUUGAAAAUAUAGAAAAACUAUUCAACUUUCUUGGAAAGUAUGAAAUUCUAAUUAGCGAAGCUGUGAUAGAAAAGUUGAAAGGUACUAUAGAAACACUUGAUCAUAGAAUCAACUUGACCAAGUUGAAUGGAAAUGGUAAAUGUGUGAAUUGUCAAUCUCACAUGAGAAAUAUUUCCAUAAGUGAUGAAGAAUUCGAAAAAUUGAGUUCUUCAUUUUUGGAGCGUGUUCUAAUACGAAAAGAUGUAUUUUUAAAAUCUAGUCCAAAAGAAGUUGAAAACUUUACUAAAUUCAUUGAGAAAACAGGACCUUUUGAUUGUGUGAUUGAUGGUUUGAAUGUAGCAUAUUCAUGUGGAGCUAAAAAGCCUUCAAAAGUGUUUGUUAAUUUGCUUUCAUCAGUUGUAAAAUAUUUAAAAAGACAAAAUAAACAUGUUUUAGUUUUGGGAAGAAAACAUAUGGAUACUUGGCCAAAAGAGGGAAUGAAUUAUGUUAAGAGAAAUUCAUGUGUCUUUUUGACAAAUAAUUUAACUCAAGAUGAUCCAUUUCUUUUAUAUGCAGCUAUCAAAAGUGGUCAAUCGACAGAUUUCUUUUCAAGAGAUUUAAUGCGAUCACAUGCGUUUCUGUUAGGAGCUGAAUUGAAAUAUAUAUUCAAAAGAUGGCAACAAGAACAUCAGUAUUCAUUGGUAACAGUUUCUGAUAAGGGAAUUAUUGUUAAGGAACCAACUCGUCACUUUAAAUUCGCCCAAAAAGUUAACGAUACAUGGCAUAUACCUUACAAAGCGACCUACUCGCCGAACCCUACAGAAGUUUUGGAUGUGCCGGAGAAUUGGAUAUGUAUUAAAUUUAAAAAAUAAAUGAGUCAUCAAUAAAUUGUUAUGUAAAUAUUUUUGAUUGUAAUAUAUUAAGAUUUGUUAAUAUAAACUCAAAGAAAAUAGUAAAA